AUGAGUGGAUGGGAAGUGAUAGCUUGCAAAGAAGAGCAGCGUUUUUGUUCAGCAGCCAGAGCUGUGCAGACAGCCGACGCUUACAGGUGUGAGUCGGACAGCGAGGAAGGUUCUUCAACAGUUGCUUUGUCGCAACGUUCCGGAGAUGGUGUGGAUGCCAACCCCUUUUCUCUGUGGUGGUCAGGGCUCCUGAAGGAAGCCACAGCCGAAGCCGGAUUCCGGCCGCAUUCCACUGCGGCAGAGCGAGGCCCUAUCAAGAUCAUGUCCAGCUGCAGCGGCAGCUUCGCAGAAGGUUUCGUGAUGAAGGCCCUGAACAUCGAGAUGGACAUCAUGUCUGUGGCCGAGUCAGAUGAAAGUUAUCGGUCUUUCAUCUCAGCAAACCACAAUGACGGAGGAGGUAUCAAGCAUAUGUUUAAGAGUAUGGAAGACCAAAUGAGUGGGCAUGGUUGCCUGCUGCAUUCAGGGCAACAGUGUCAUGUUGAGCAGCCAGACUUGGGCGUGCUAGGCACGCCUUGCAAUCCUUUUUCGAGGUACCGCCACGACAGAUAUCAUGCGGGGUCAGUGAUGUCGCACUCGCAGCUGCCAUUGACAAUGGAGAGGGCCCUUGAGUGGCUCCUGUUGUUCCAGCCCGCCACAGUCGUGCUAGAGCAGGUGGAGGGCUUCAUGGCACCCUUAUCCUGUGACGAGGAUGGGACACCUUUCGACAGGCAGGCUAUCGGUUGCUGGAUUGAUUUCUGA